AUUUGUGGUGUGUGAUGGCCUAAAAUCAAUAUUAUCACUCAUUAUAAUUCACUGAGCGUCGAAUACGGCCGUUCUGUUUCAGCGAGUCACAGCCUCCUGUGGGUAUAGUGGCGAAGGGGAGGGCGUGUCGUCAACGCGGCGCCGCACUCAAUGGUGCCAAUACAUUCAAUAAUGACGCAAGUUAGCUCACCAAACACAAUGCGAGGACAGCAACGCAUCCGUAGUGAUAUAUGAACCUGUGAUGAGUCUUGAUUUUGUCGGUCCCCAAUGCAGGUGCACGAGGAUACCGAAGGAGCGCUUUCCGCGGUGCUGAAAACAUCCCUCUCAUUAAUGAAGGAAAGGCUCCUAAAAAAGAAUAGAAUGUAUUUUAUAAGCAUUCCGGUUUUUCAAUAGACUUCGAAGCGGUAUAAAACCCAUCUAGGCCUAUAGAAAUGUCAGUUUAAUGUAGUUAGACGUUAUAUUGUCAAGCCACAGCUUUGUUUUGCGUCUUUAUUUUAUAUAUGUAUCAGCUUGUAUAGGAUAUGUAGCCUAUGUUUUGUUCUUAAACAUCAACAGGAGGAUGGGCUACUUGUCGAUUUAAAUAUGUAGCAUGAGGCUUGCAGCAUGACAUUGGCUAGCUUAGCUCAGUUAACUCAGUGGCUGCCGUAUUUCGUUAUAAAAAGCUAUUAAUUAAUCUACGUCAAAUUAAUUUAGCCUACUCUAAUACGUAACCAAAUGCAUCUGGUUAGCUGUAUUUGGAUCAUUACGUUGCGACCCGUUGAUAUUGAUGUACACCACAAUGAGCCGCUGAGGAAGAGUUGCAAAGCAAUGAUGUCAUAGUUUUAAGUGUGAGCCAUAGGGAGCAUAUGGUUCGUACCCGCUACCAAAAGGAAGUGUUGCUUUGUUAUGAACAGGCGGCGCUGUAGCAGGCGGAAGAGGAGGUCGCCCAACCCAGUGUCUCUUCGCCUGGAACACAAGAGCCGAGGAGAGAACGAGAAAAAGGAAGAUUGCAAAGACGGUGUCGGAGAGCAAAAUAUUAGGCUGCUACAAUGGCCGCUAAAUCAGACGGGGUGCUCAAAAUGAAAAAGAGCGAUGUAGCGUUUACGCCUUUGCAGAAUUCGGAUCACUCAGGCUCCGUACAAGGGCUUGUUCCAGGAUUGCAGCCGGAUUCGGGUACCGGAGAGACGGACUUUGUCAAUGGGGAGUCGCGCUGCUGUGGCUCAAAUUCGACAUGUCUUCGUCUUGGCAGGGAGCAGCAAAAAUAUACAAUUUGGGACUGUCUGUGGAUCCUCGCUGCAGUGGCAGUGUAUUUUGCCGACGUGGGCACAGACGUUUGGCUUUCCGUCGACUAUUACCUCCGUCGCGAUUACUGGUGGUUUGGCCUUACGUUAUUUUUUGUGGUGCUUGGCUCGUUCUCCGUACAGGUUUUCAGUUUCCGAUGGUUCGUCCAUGAUUUCAGCACCGAGGAGAGCUCUACCGGCGGUGCACCAAGCUGCUCACACAUGGAUGGGAAGCUACUCAGCUCUUCCGCCUCACAUGGAGAAGUGGGAGCCCACCCGUCCACACCUCAAAGGCAGACAUCGACAGCCAGCAAGAGCAACACCACUACCAACAGCAGUAACAGCAGCACCGCAAUCCGGACUAAUAAGAAACGUUCGGCAUCCUGCUCUUUCUGCAUUUGGGUAGCUCAAUCCAUCAUUCACAUCUUGCAGCUUGGGCAGCUCUGGAGGUACUUCCACACCAUCUACUUGGGCAUCCGUAGCCGGCGCAGUGGUGAUAAUGAGCGCUGGCGCUUCUACUGGAGGAUGGUGUACCAGUACGCCGACGUCAGCAUGCUCCACCUGCUGGCCACCUUCCUGGAGAGCGCCCCCCAGCUGGUGCUCCAGCUCUGCAUCAUCAUCCAGACGCACAAGCUGCAGGCACUGCAAGGUAUGACAGCGGCGGCCUCCCUGGUCUCCCUGGCCUGGGCCCUGGCCUCCUACCAGAAGGCUCUGCGCGACUCCCGCGAUGACAAGAAGCCCAUCAGCUACCUGGCGGUCAUCAUCCAGUUCUGCUGGCACUUCUUCACCAUCGCGGCGCGCGUGGUGACCUUCGCCCUGUUCGCCUCGGUGUUCCAGCUCUACUUCGGCAUCUUCAUCGUGCUCCACUGGUGCAUCAUGACCUUCUGGAUCGUGCACUGCGAGACGGAGUUCUGCAUCACCAAGUGGGAGGAGAUCGUGUUCGACAUGGUGGUGGGCAUCAUCUACAUCUUCAGCUGGUUCAACGUGAAGGAGGGUCGCACGCGCUGCCGCCUGCUCAUCUACUACCUGGUGAUCCUGCUGGAGAACACGGCGCUCAGCACGCUCUGGUACCUGUACCGGCUGCCGGCCAGCACCGACGCCUUCGCCGUGCCGGCCCUCUGCGUCAUCUUCUCCAGCUUCCUCACCGGCGUGGUCUUCAUGCUCAUGUACUACGCCUUCUUCCACCCCAACGGCCCGCGCUUCGGCCGCUCCGCCAGCCUGAGCCUGGACGACCCGGCGGGCGUGGGCGCCUUCUCGACGCUGCCCACGGAGGGCGCCACCAACUCGCUGCGCUCCAACCGCGGUGGCGUCGCCGGUGCCGGUGGCCAGACGCUGCUAGCCGGGGGCGACAGGGACGGCAAGUACAGCGAGCGGGACGGCUGCGUGCCCGUGUUCCAGGUGCGGCCCACCGCCCCCUCCACGCCCUCGUCCCGCGCGCCGCGCAUCGACGAGCACGUCAUCAAAAUAGACCUGUGCCGCAACCGCUACCCGGCCUGGGAGCGGCACGUGCUGGACCGCAGCAUACGCAGGGCCAUCCUGGCCGUGGACUGCUCGCCCGUGCCCCCUCGGCUCCAGUACAAGGACGACAUGAUGGUGCAGGAGAGGCUAGAAUACGAGACCACGUUGUAGCCCCGCACUCUCCUCUCCCCUCUCUCUCCAUUUACCCUUCUCUGAGGCUCUCUCCCUCAACCACCUUCUCCCAACCUCCUCCCUCCUCACCCUCCCCCGACAGGAUUACAAUUAGGAUGGAGCACACUGGGAUUUACAGCAGGACUGUGUGGCAAUAAAAGGUACUUGCUUUUCCCAAUACAGGUCACUCCAGCGUUCAUCCAUGACGUUGAUUGUCAUGGAGGGGAACUCAACAACAGGAAGAAGAAAAAAGAAAACAAAAAACGGGGCAGAACUUAUUAAUUGACAAAAAAUAUCAAUAUUUUCUAAGCAGAUAUUUUGUUUGGUUUACUUGAUUGGCGUGGAUGUGUCUGUGUGGAUGUGUCUGUGUGUGUGUGUGUGUGUGUGUGUGUGUGUGUGUGUGUGUGUGUGUGUGUGUGUGUGUGUGUGUGUGUUUGUGUGUAUACUUAGUUUCUACUUUUCUUUUUUUACUGGUCAGGGAAUACCUUGUUUUCUAAAUGGCCAUUGCGCUGAUAGACUACAGAAAAAAACCACAAUCAUCCUCAGUGUUGUAAACAACAUCCACUCUCCACAAGUGAACAGAGUAUAAAGUGUCAGUCGUGCAGUUAUGUACUGUUUCGCUCUAAUGCCCAAUGCAAGCGAAAACGGACUAACUGACACAGUGUGCAUUUUAACUAUGCUAAACAGCCUCCAGCACCAUUUCCAGAUUCUGCCCAGAGACAUUUUGGCUCAACUUCCAUGCAUGCUCACACUCACGCACAUAGAUACACUAACCCACGCAAAUACACAGACACACACACACACAGGCCUUUCCCCUCAUCAUUCUGUGUGCACUUACCAACAUGCAUACCAAAAACAUCAGAAUGUUGAUUUACUAUGGCCACCUGUUGUUUGGAGGGAACAGAGGACCAAAAAUGUUAUGUUCUUGGUACAGUGUGUGUGUGUGUGUGUUUGACUCCUGUGAGUGUGCAUAAGUGUGUGUGUGUGUGUGUGUGUUUGACUCCUGUGAGUGUGCAUCAGUGUGUGUGUGUGUGUGACUACUGGUAAAUGUGAAUGAGAUGUCCUGACAGGUGAAACUGGCAAACUGAGCCCACGUGUCAUCAGCAACCUCAUCCCAGUGCCAAAUGCUCUCGGUCUCUUCACUGGACCCUUGUGAACUCUUCACUGGACCCUUGUGAACUCCUGCUGUGUGGGGUUCCUGCCACUGACUGCACUGUACAUAGGAAAAGACAGGGCAGAAUUUCUACUUGAAUCCUGUACAAAACAAACAAACAAACAAACAAACGACGUGUGAAAGGGUGUGGUCGUUUCCCACCUCAUAUCAAGCAACAACAUCAAAAGAAAAGAAAAAAAAACUAAAACGGGGAAAGUAAAAACAUGGAACAAGAAGAGGUGGAAUGUGAGUGGAGAAAAAAGGCUGGAGGAGAGACACCUCGUCUUAAUCUCGCCUGGGGGAAGGCAACAGGCCAAGAACUUCACUUAACCAACGCAAAAACACUCACAGGCAGCUCCCACUCCCGGUCCAGCCUCCGAGCUGACGGCUGCCAUCUGACCACUGGUUAUGUCUACCGAUCUGGACCAUGACACAGACGCGCACACACAGGUGGACUAAGAAUAGGAGUGGAUGUGGACAGUUAAUCACAGGCAAGCAGAUGACUGGACAGCCAGCCGGACCAAGGCAACAAGCUCGGAUGGCAAAAACUAAACUACACCACACUUACACUACACUUCACUGAAGUGUCAGGUGCAGCCGUUGUGUCCCUGAGAUAAAAGAUAGUGUCCUCUGUUCUUGGAGUGCUACUCUGGUUACUCUCGGGACACAUACACAUGUAUGUGUGUGUGUGUGUGUGUGUGUGUGUGUGUGUGUGUGUGUGUGUGGUGUGUGUAGUGUGUGUGUGUGUGUGUGUGAGAGAGAGAGAGAGACAGAGAAAACACAUGCAAAUGCCCCUCAUAGUGGAUACUGACUUCACUUCAUCCAAAUGUUCAGCAGUUACCCUACAGCCUUCAUCUGUUCCUCUGCCUUCAUCGUUCACACCAACACAUAGCCAGUUCCCAUGUCACAAAUCGCUGGCGCCAGUCUGACCCACUCUGCUGAGGAGGUGAAAGUCCAUCCUCUUUCAGUCUGCCAAAGUAUCUAAAGUGUGUAUGCUUCUCUCUUUCCUUUGCAAGUUAGUAGCGCUUUAUUAUGUGAUUCCAGUGUGAAGGGUAGAAAACACA